UAAAAAAAUUUAAUAGACGUCAAAACGAUCGUAGACAAAGCAAUGUGCGUAUGAAAAUGAGUAAGUGCUUAGAAAAAGACGGUAGACAGAAGGAUGUUCCAGGUGGCUCCAGAUGACGCAGCUACCAAGCUAUUGGAUGAAAACAUUCGAAAAGCGCGAAGAGGAGGAUGAAGAAGCUCAAAGAAGGAGGUUCGUAGAAGUUCGAAAGCUCCGCCCGGUUUUCUGGACACCACAGAUCUCGUGGUACUUUCCACCAACGUGCUUCUACUUCCGCCUUACUUCUCCUCCCAAGUCUCUCUCUUCUUUAUCUUCUUCUCCUCUUCGCCUUGGAGAUACUUCAGCUGACAAUUAGUAUCGCGUAAGCGGUGUCUCCGACCGUCAAACUUUUCGACAAAAGUUGCGUUUCUAAAAAAAAAAGAAGAAAGAAAAAAAGAAAGAAAGAAAAAGAAGAAUUAAAAAAAAAAAAAAAAAAAAAAAUUAAAAAAAAAAAAAGAAAUAAACAAAUUUCUAAUCGAUCAAAAUAUUACGAAUAUUAUUGCUCCUCUUAUCGAAAUUGAUCGACAACGAUAAGAUCUUCGGGAUAAAUUUUUCGCUUUAUCAUUUCAACGAACACAUAAGGAUUUUAACAUCGAAGAUGCCACGGAAACGUCGAGCGUCGACACCAUCGUUGGAAUGCGACGAGGAAGAAUUCGCGUCGGAGGAAAAAUUUAGCAAAGAAGAUAUGGAUAGCCGAGCCCCAAGAAACGCAGCUAAUGCUCGUGAACGUGCAAGGAUGCGAGUUUUAAGCAAAGCAUUUUGCAGAUUAAAAACAACCCUUCCAUGGAUUCCACCAGACUCGAAACUUAGUAAACUCGAUACUCUUCGUUUAGCUGCAACUUAUAUCGCUCAUCUUCGUGCCGUUCUCAGAGAUGACGGAGAUUCUCAUCCGGAAACGACGAGAUCGUUGUCCUUGGCUUUGUCAUGGCCUUUUGCUAUCCAAGGAACAAAUGCCUCGAUGUUGAUGAAUAACAGUUGUAACAUGUCAUCCUCGACUUCUGCCAGUUCUAAUCAGUAUCGGGGACAGCAAGGAAGCAACGAUAUUCAAAACUUCCAUCACGGUGGACACCAAAAUGCUUCCAUGCGUCACAAUCAUACUCACAAUCAUGAGGCACAGCUCUCCUAUUUUUAAUCCUACUUUUCGAACGGCUGAUUUGAAAAGUUUCCCGAUAACGAAAUCGUGCCUUUAACGAGAGAAGAAUUUAAAAAAGAAAUAAAUGUAUGCUGUGCACAUAUUCAAGGCAAUUUACAAUCUAUUUAUUUGGAAGUGCCUUAUUACUCUCUCUCUUUCUCUCUCUCUCUCUCUCUCUCUCUCUCUCUCUCUCUCUCUCUCUCUUUCUCUCUUUCUUUUUCUCUCUCCGUGUUAUUUAUUAAAUUACUAUUAAUACAUGAAAACCAUUAUGAUGUGCCAUGGAUGAUUAUUGUUGUAAUUGUAACCAAAACAUGCGAAC